AUGAAUGCAGGUUCUGUGUUUGUGAAAAUGACAAAGAAAAUUUCUGGAAAUAGAAAUGAUAUUAGGAUUCUUUCGAGGGAAUCCCUUAACCUCCUAAAUCACAAAAAGGUGGUGGUAGCUAUAGAAGCUGACGGGAAUUAUCUACAACCAUUUGCGGUCAAUGACUUGGACAUAUACUCUGGUGAAAGCUACUCAGUCCUAAUAACUACAGAUCAAGAUCCUUCCAAGAACUACUGGCUUUCUUUAGGUGUAAGAGGAAGGCUUCCAGCGACCCCUCCUGCCCUUACCAUCCUAAAUUACCAACCAAUCUCUGCGUCAAAGUUCCCCACUUCUCCACCUCCCGUGACUCCUCGAUGGAAUGAUUAUGACCAUAGCAAGACGUUCUCUAAGAGUAUCUUUGCUCUCAUGGGGUCCCCAAAACCUCCAAAAAGUUACGACCGUCGGAUCACCCUCCUCAACACCCAAAAUAAAAUUGAUGGGUUUACCAAGUGGGCUAUCAAUAAUGUCUCUUUAGCAUUACCACCCACUCCUUAUCUGGGCUCCAUAAAAUAUGGUCUACGAAAUGCUUUCGAUCAGAAGAGUCCACCGGAAAACUUCCCCAACAACUAUGACGUGAUGAAACCUCCGAUCAACCCUAACUCAACUACUGGCAGUGGAGUUUACAUGUUUGGUUUGAAUACUACGGUAGAUGUGAUACUUCAAAAUGCCAAUGCGCUAAGCGAUAAUGUUAGCGAAAUACACCCUUGGCACUUGCAUGGUCAUGAUUUUUGGGUGUUGGGAUAUGGAGAAGGGAAGUUCUCGGCCAAGGAUGAGAAGAAACUCAACUUCAAAAAUCCGCCUUUGAGGAAUACUGCAGUCAUAUUCCCACAUGGAUGGACAGCGUUAAGUUGGUACUGGUACUUCAUGAACAGUUCUAUACUUCCACCAGCCGGCCUCGAUGCAUGAGUGCGUGUGCACAGGAUCCUCA